UGUCCCCUGUUGAACCUACCCCAAGCUGGUGACGUCAGAGCCGAGGUGCGCGCUCACAGCUCACAGUCACAGCAGGGUCCACUCAACUGAUAGCAGCGUGCUCCAGUCUCCACUCUCCAGUCAACAUUCCACCUUCCAUCAGCACCUCUGCAGCUGUCUCGGUCAUGCUUCUGGAAAAAUGGGGGAAGAAGGAUGACAUUGGACUACUGGCCCUAGAUCUACAUUCCAAUUUUCGUCAAUACCGUUCAAGCUCUCCAAAAUCCAUAUGUUACGAAUAACGUUCAUUUGGAUUCCGGAGAUAAUUCGCGCGUUGCUGUUCCUGUUGAGAAGCGGCAGACGAAAAGGAGAGGAAGAGGGGGAGAUCUCCGAUUCCGAGGAGGAAUUCAUCGAUUGUGAAGAGGAGGAGGAGGAGGAAGAGGAGGAUGGAAGAAGAGAAAGCGACACUGGAGAAGGAGGAAGAAGGAGAGGAGGAGGAGGAGAGGAUCAGGGAUGUUUCUCCUCGUGGAGACGGCGAUCCUCCGGGGGAACUACAGGAUCAGGAAGGCGCCGCCUCUCUUCCGUAUUCUGUGGGGGCGGCAGUGGCAGCGGAGGCGGGGACUCCUACCGACGACCCGACGUCGGAGGCGGCAAAGCACCGCAAGAGGCGGCGCAGUGCUGACAGCCGGGCUUCUAGGAACAGCAGCAUAUCUUCCAGCAAACUCAAGAGUCUCAAGCUGAUCGCUGAUAAGGCUGUCGAGCACCACAAGACAUUCAUUAUCUUUGGGAGAUUUCCGUCGAUAAGAGAAGCGUUGAAAUCGAGAGGCUGGGUACAGAACUGUGACCCCCAUAGAAGCUACUCCAUCUACUCACGUCAUCAUCAUCAUCAUCAUCAUCACAGCAGUCAACAACAGAGUCUUGCAGCGAAGGAUGAGGAGGGCGCACUAGUAGCGUGUUCACCGCGGUCGAGUGUGAGUGUGGGUGCGGGCAGCAGUUCGGAUGGUGAGCCAGGGGGGUCGGGGGGGUCUGCAUCAGGGGGAGGCAGCGAGGAGCGUGACUCGCACCUGAUUUCGCGACUGCUGAGGGACGCGCCCGUCAACUUCAUCUGGGUGAUGGGUGACAACGUCGAUUGGAAGGCCCUCUCCAAGUCCACCAUUGUCAGCCGCUUCCCCCGUGUCUAUUUCACCACCAAGGUGGGGCUCUGCAACUAUCUGCAGCAAACGCACUGGUUCUGCGAGGCGGGCAUUUCCAACACACUGUUUCCAAGAUGCUACAACAUUUCCUGUGAGGACGAUUUGGCGGCAUUUGUCAACGACUUCCGGCUGACAGCCUGCAUCAGCCUUCUCAAUCUGCUCACUUCCGGUAUUGACAAUGGAAAGCAGCUUUUCACAGAAGAAGGAAAAGUUCCAUUGAAUGCUGUGGAGUUUGCAGCUCGAAGAUGUUCGGAAUAUGUUGCCAUCCAGGAGCAUGAAGAUAUUGACCAGAGAGACUCAGAACGAAUCUGGGACCAUCAGUGGGAUCAAUUUCUCACCUGGUAUUACCAGCUGGCUCAUGACCAGUCCACAUUUUCACCCGCUACAGAUUCUCAAAAAAAGACUCUGUACUUGUGCUGCAAACUGACGGUGGAAGCAAUUACACCACAUUGGCCGCAGCUGCAUUUGGAUGGUGUGACGAAUCUGUGGAUUGUGAAGCCCGGCGCCAAAUCGAGAGGGAGGGGCAUCCAGGUGAUGAGAAAGCUAGAGGAUAUUGUUACCAGAAUUGGCAAUUUGCAUUCGAAGGAUCCUCGCUAUGUUAUACAGAAAUACAUAGAGAGACCAUUCCUCAUUUACAAUACCAAGUUUGAUAUAAGACAAUGGUUCCUUGUAACAAGUGCAUAUCCUCUUACCAUAUGGAUGUACAAAGAAAGCUAUCUACGGUUCUGUUCUCAAUUGUUCUCACUGAGUAACAUGCAUGAAUCGGUUCAUUUGAGCAAUAACGCCGUCCAAUGCAAGUACAAGAACGCAAAACGGGACCAAGCUCUGCCUGAUGAAAAUAUGUGGGACUGCUACACUUUCAAAACUUACCUCAGAGCAAUAGGCCAAGCUGAUAUGUGGGACAAAAUAAUUUAUCCUGGGAUGAGAGAAAGCAUAACUGGGACUCUAUUAGCUGCUCAAGAACACAUGGAACAGAGGAAAAACUGUUUUGAAUUGUAUGGAGCUGAUUUCAUGCUUACUGAAGAUCUGGUGCCCUGGUUGAUUGAAAUCAACUCUUCUCCUUGCAUGUCACCAACGACCAGUGUCACGGCCAGGAUGUGUGCACAGUGCCUUGAGGAUGUAAUAAAAGUGGUUGUGGACAGACGACAAAACAAAAUGGCUGAUACUGGAAUGUUUGAACUGGUGUAUCGACAACAUGUUGCUCCGCCUCAACCCUACAUGGGCAUGAAUUUGACUGUGCGAGGCUCGAAGAUACAGAGGAGCCCGAAAACAAAGCGAAGAAGGCGGCCUUUGGAGCCGAUACAAGCUGAACCACACCACGAGACCAUCGCACCGCUGGCUCCGUCUCGAGUCAAGAAUUACAUCGAAGAUCUGUCGGUCGAACUGUCCAAGGAACUCGUGAAAACACCCCCCACCACAACAUUCUCAAACGCAAACACACUUUCAGUGAAGCUGCCCAACUCGGUGAAAGAAAUCAGUAUGCCUAAUUGUGACGUGGGUUUGUCCACUGAAGAAUACGAUUCUAGCAGCAGUGAUCAGUCGGACUCUGAGAGUGAGGAUGACGACUCUCAAACUGAAUCUGGAAAGCCUCCGAACUCGUCGACGCUUCUUACUAAUAAGACUGAAGAUUCCGCCAAAAUUAUACCUGAAAAAGAAAAGGACAAGGAGAAUAACAAUAUCAGUCCGACCGAAACAAAUGUGAAAGUGAAUCAGGUGAAGCAAGACACUCAAAAAAUGUAUGCCAUCAUACAGAAGCAACGCAAUCUUUGUAUGAAACUUCAAGAUAAGUCUUCCGAGAGAUCAGCUAAAGGACAUCAACGUUGUGUCAAGUAUGAACAGAGAUGGAAAAAUGUGUGUGAAACAGAGCAAAGUAAGGACUUGAUACAUGAUUGGAAGUUGCGAGUUGACAAGACACGGGCAAGCUGUGAGGAAAUGCUUCUCAAGUUGAAAGCGUUCAGAGAGAAAGAUGUCACAUGCAAGAUCCACCGCGGCAUUGAUUGGCGGGCGACUGAUAACGAAACUGUUCAGGAGCUCGUCCAGAAACUCAGCAAUCCCAAGAGAAAAACGUUCAUGGACAGACUUCCCGUGGUAUGCUCGAGGAAAACGAUGAAGAAGUGGAAUGCCAGUCAGAGCUCAUCAACCUCCUCCAGCUCGAGUCAGCCUCCUCCUCCUCUGCCCGGCUACCACGUGACGUCCAAGAACUCAUCGCUGCCUCUGAUCAGACACAAGAGUCGUGCUUCACUCAGCAAAGACACCGUGUACACGGUCGGCCUCAGACUCAGCUGCCAGAGAAUGACGCCGUCUCCUAGAGAAAAGAUAAUCCUACCAAUGGGCGCCGAACAAUGUCAUGCGAUCAAUUUGUCAUCUCUGUCCAACACAUUGUCUUCAAAAUGUUGAUAGUGAUAUGAAUGUACCUUAUCGAAUAUUAUAUCAUGAAUUACAGCUUAUCUAUAUAUAUAAAAGCGA